UAAAGCAGAAGAAAACAAACACCACGUUAGCUGAUAAUUAUGAAUUGGCCGUGGCAGCGCACAAGCUUGCUGUUUCCCUCGAGUAUCAGUGGGAUAAAAGCUAGAGAUAACAAACCUUCCACUCUCCAGUAAGGUUAACAUUUGUUUCUUCCGGUACAGUACGUUCUUAUCACAACCACAGGCUUUGAGAACCCAGUCAUAGCUUCUUCCACACCCUCUAGCCCAAACCAUGGGCGUAUGCCAAGGAGAUUUUCAUUUCCAUGACUCAGGAAUUGAAGGCAGGUGGGGAAGGGAAGUCGAGUGAGAAUUUUCUCACCACUUCUUUCGGGGAUAGCUCUCCCCUGCCAAGACCGAAUUCCCGGGCAGCGCCACAUCCAAGACCAAUGUCAUAUUCCCAGCACCUCGUUAUCAGGUAUGACUUACAAACACCUGCUGCCACUCCACUCGGAAACCUGGAAAGAGCCUGAAUGUGGCCCUCCAAGCAGCUAUCGCCCUUCUCAGGACACCAACACGCCCCAGACACCAGCACAAGCGCGCUGGAUGGUGCUGCCAAACAGACCUGGGAGGAUGCGGACGUCAAGAACCAAACAAAGCGACUUGGCUGGGAUCACAUAGGAAGUCGGUGGCGGAGAUGGAAGGAGACCCAAAACAAAUGCCUUCCUCUGGCUGCUGGAAAAGCCUUCCCCCAAACCGCAAGCUUUGUCUCCAGCAGCUGGCUUCGCGGGCAACGCAGCUGGGGCAGCAGGGCAAGGAAACCCAGGAGCUCACUGCCAGAACUCGUGCUGCUACCUCCAAAUUGACUAAAAAACAACAAACACAACUGACCUGGCACCAACCAGGAGGAAGGUCCCCAGCAGCCGCCCCAGCAGGAACAGGAAGUGCAAUGAGUAAGUGAACCAACAAACCCCAAAACCUUACCAUGCUAUUUUUAGGGCUGACCCCAAAAUGCAGAGGGAUCCAGUAGGAUUGCCAGCACCUGCACGGAGCGCAUCCAGCCCUGCGAGGACGAGUGUCCCCUGCCCUCUCCCUCACAGCUGACAUGUGGGUCUGGACCCCAAGCCUCAGAGACCUUGGGGUGGGAAGAAGAGGAGUGAUUUAAGGCAUGGUGUCGCAUGCGAAGCCCAGAAGGGUGUCUUACAGCCCUAUCCCGGCCAUAAAAUGCAAAUCUUCUAGACCUGCUCUGAGCCUGGCUAUCUUCAAACUCUACCACACACACAAAGUGACUCAUUUCCCAAAUACUGCAGACUCUGACCUUUCUGUACUUGCUCACUGCCAGCCGCUCGCUACCAGCGAGCGAAAGCCCAGGGACUCGCGGCGCUCUGCAAGCAGCCCAGCACGCAUCCGUGCUUCCAUACCAGCUGACGGCCGUAUUUAGGGCGGCCGGGUCGCAUCCCGACCUCGGCUGGGCUCCCGGUGGCUCACCCCGGUGUCACAGCCAUCAGGACUGACCCGUCUAUAAACCAACAAACUGCAAGAUGAACUCUGUGCCCGUGAGCAUCACGUGAGACACUGCUGCUGUCACCAAAUUCCCUUACCCACAGCGAGGCCACGGCACUGCUGGCUGUGGGGACACCCCGCUCCUCUCCCACCGCCGGACCCCGCUCAGCCCCUUCCCCAAAUCGCCUCUCCCCAGCGCAGUGCUGCGGGGUAUGGGACCCGGGCAGGUGCAUCCCAAGCCCUCCGGCUAAAGGAUGUGGGCAGCACAAGGGAGAGGGACCUUCCUUCCCCUCCGAGCCGCGUUAACCCUGCCCCUCCCGGCCGCUGCACAGCACCAGCUCAGCACCCCAGGGAGGAUGCUCGGGGAGGAGAACAGCAGAGAAGGGGACAGCGGUGGGGAACCAGGGAAGACCACCAUGGACAAGCAUGACCCUCUCCACCCACACCCCUCUUCAGCCCAGGAUGUGCCCCCAGGCUCAGUUAGGUUCAAAGCAUCACCCCAGUGUCCCCCCCCCCCAAGUUUUCCUGCCCGGUACCUCGCAGGUGGGGGCCAGUGGCAGUGCUCGGGGCUGCACGCCGGGGCUUGCUGUGCCCGGAGAGGAAGGUCGGGGCCCAUUUCGGGGGUGGCCACAUGGGACUGUCACCGCUGCUGCCUUCCAGGAAGGCAAUGGGUCUGCCCCAGCGGUUCAGGGAACGGCCCUUCCCUGCCGGCACCUCCCCGAGAAAAACCAUUCCUGGAAGGGAGCCCAGGGCCAGCACUGUCCUCCCUGGGGCCAGCACAGUGGGCACAGGGAAGGAGUGCCCACGGGUGGGGGAACCCCCCAGCUCCACCCCAUGAAAAGGGGAGACCCCUGCAGCUGUCCCCGGCCACAGGCACAGGAAGAGGGGGGGGAGAAGCUGGGACCCACCCCCCAUCCAUCUUCCUGCCAUUCACAGGGAAAUCCCUCCAGCCAUCCACUCCCCUGUUUAUAGGGAAUCCCUUUCCAUCCAUCCUCCCACGACCCUGUGCAGAGGGGAGACUCCUUCCUCCCCUACCCUCUUCGCAUGGGGGCUACCCCUCAUCCUGCCCCUCUCUCCCCACCGUGCACAAUCUGGGUGGGGGCACCACUCACCCCCCUGAGCUCGGCUCUCCUCCCCCUCCACCCUGUGCUGCUCCAGAGCCCGCAGUGCUGACUCCCUCACCUCACCCUGGAGGGGUGGCUGGGUGAAGUCUCUCUUCCCCACAGCCUCAUCCCACACAGAGCUCCGAAACUGCCCGCCCAGGGGAAGCUCCAUCCUGCCACCCCCCUCCAGCCCAGCCCCAGGGGGAAGCACCCCCCUGCCUACCCAGCACGCUGCCAGCUUCCCCCCCAACCCACGAGGGGAUGCUCACUUUGUCCAGCACAGGGAGCAGAGGCAUAGAAAGGGAAAUGGGGUGCAGGGGGGGGGGCGCAAAGGGGGGACCCAGGACACAGGCGGGGGUGCUGUGAGCCACCGUGAAGAGGAUGCUGUGGGCUGGGGGUACGCAAGUGCCCAGCUCGGCUUUCCCCACGUCACACAGUCAUGGGGCACUAAGCGUCCUUUAGCUGUCACAGCACAGUUUUUAUUAAUUUAGCAGCUUCUGGUUGGCGUCUAGGCCAAAACGUGGCUUGGUUAAUAAUAACCGAAGAAGAGACGGAGAGAAGUCCUAGUGCACUGUGUCAGCACAGAUCAAAAGCAGCAUCACCAGUGCGAGCCCUGUAGUUUUUUCCAUCGUACCCUUCCGUGAGUGGAUUGCACUCGCUAUAUCGAGCGGUCUCUGCUAACUUUCAAUCUGAUCCAAUUUCCUGCCAGCAAACAAAUGUUUCUAGGAAAUGCAAUACAUUAUCCGGACGGGUUUAUUAUCAGCAUUUGGAACCAGGAAAACUGCAUAUUUUCUUGAGCGCUGCAGGGAACUUUAUAGUUUGUACUUCAAAAGAAGGUUUAAAAGGAUUGCCCUUGAAAGCUGGCCCAGUUCAAGUCUCCGCAUUGUUUUGGUCUUUGCAGAAGAAAAAGCAGAGCGGGGGGAGCACGCCAGAGCUGCCUCCGACGUUUUCCACUAAGGAAGACUCCCCCUGCCCUUCACGUAGCCGAGAGCUGAGGACGAGGCAGAGCCAGCGAGUGCCCUUGGGAAGCGAGGAGCCAAGCCUCCUUCAGCAUUUCCAAUGACCCCAAGCAAUUUGGCACAUUAAUUUUUCAAGGGAAGGCAGGGACGCGUCCCGGCUGAAGCCAAGGGAGCAAGGGACUGACGCCACGCGCUGCCGAGCCCCGCGCCGAGCUGACGGCAGGGUGCAGCCGGGGCCGGGCGUCCCCGUCCCAGGCAGGUUCAGAGGACAGGUCCCGCUGUCCCCACCCUGUACCGACCCCCCCCCCCCAUCUCUGUCCUCCUGGGGCUGAUAGGGAGACACGGCUCAUUGUGGCAGCAAGGCCCAGCUUCGGCACCCCACUUAGCUGGGGUGAGACAUGAAUGAAGGUCAGGGGUCCCCUGGCAGGGGAGAGACACCUCUGUGUUUAUUUAGCCCACCGUCCUCACGGGUUCCUGGUGUGCAAGCCAAAGGGGGCACACCGGCCAGGAGAAAUUAAGAGGGGAGGAGCAGAAAGAAAACACAGCCCCAAAUUUGCCCCCCCUCUCUCAACUCCCACAGCUCUCCCUGCUUUAGGUGCGAAGCUCCACUGAGAUUGCUGGGCUUUGAAAGCAGCCCUGAAUUGCUCUGAUUUAAGGGCCAGGGGUGUGUGUGUGUCUUUUGGCUGCCAGUGCCCUGCUGCAAUGGGAACCCAAGACCUAGCAUGGAUUAAAAAAAAAAACAAAAAAAACACACAGGCAGGACUACAUCUGCAGUCUAAAUUUGCAGUCUGAAGAAGCUGACUGGUCAGAUGCUAACUUUUGGAUAUUCAUCUAACCGAACUGCAAACUGUGAACUCCUGAGGUUUGCCAAUGCCUGCUGUAAACAUGGAAACCAAGUGUCACUUUUUGCCAAACAGAAGAAUGGUUUAAAAAUAGAUUAGAAAAGAAUACAGGCACUCAGCAUACAGGGCUCCUGUUUAUAGACUCCCAUGCCGCUAUAAAAACGGAACGAGAGGUUACGAGCAUGCAGGCAACUUUUCACCAAAUUUAGAUUUUACAAACUUCUCAGAAACCUGAAAACAACAUUUCGGGAUCCAACUGAACCCGUAAAAGCCCUUCUCAUGGAGUUUGCAGCCCAAACACUACUGCACACGGACUAAAACGGGCAUGAAAUGUUUUUUUUUCCAGCCACGACAAACACCGUACAGUUUGUUCCUCCAUGUGAGAAACGCGCCUAUAGGUCAGAGCUUCAUUUCACUCACCUACAGACUCUGUAAUAAGAGUUUAUUUUUAAUGGGGUAUUCCAGCAAAUUAAGACGACAUCCACCCCUGCUGCUAAAAACACGGGACCGCCUCAGUAAGUUUUACCACCUGUCUUUGUAAUGGGUUUUGGAGGACAGCGUCAGCGUUAUUACUAAAAAACACGCCUACAAAUUAACCUGAGGCUGCUGCCAUUGGUGGCUGAAAGCUUCAGCCCCUCCGGGGGGGGGGGGAUGAUGUGGAAGAGGAAAAAAAAAAAAAAAGAAGCAUAGCUUUACAAUACAACCUAAAUUAGGCAGAAAUUCAAGGGCAGAUUAGCACCACAACUUGGAAAGAUUUUCACAUGUGAUUUCAUGACCAGAUGCAGAGAGCGCUCCAUAUGGAAAUGUCAGUGACUUUAAUAAGCACUCGGUUGUUUCCAAUUAGGCUCCUUAAGUAAGUUCAGCGGCAUCCGGAGUUUCCUCUGCCACCUUCCUCCUAGCUAGCAAGCAUUUUUUUCUUUUUUUAAAAAGGAGUGUUAAUAAACAUGUUCCCACUCUCCCGAGCCUCCCGGCUCAGCCCCUGCCCGGGGAGGAAGGAGAAGACAGGACACUAGAUGGCACCAGUUAGCUUUGCUGCGGGAGCAAUUUUUCCCCUUGGAAAAUAAAACACCCCAACCAAACCUGGAAAACAUAUAAUUUUGUCGAUGUAAUUCUGUUUCUCUUAAAACGCGUCUGAGCAACAUUAUUUUUAUGAGCUUUUCCAGCCUUGUUUUUCAAAACUUAAUGUUUCUGCUAGGGUUAUUUUUGUCUCAUCAGACAGCAGGCUUACGUCCUCCCAGGGCUGCAAAUAGGGACGUCUAAAAAGUAUCAUAAAGAGUUUUGACAGAUUUUUUUUUUUCCUCCCCUCUUUAAAGCGAGAUUUGUAAGAAUCACUUCUCAUUCCAACUUCUUCCUUCACAAUAACAACUAACUAGUUAACCUCCACUUCCUUUCUGAAUAUUGACUCAGACAGGCAGAACUGAGGGGGAUUAGAAAUUGGAAUUGAAAUGCAUCCCAAGAGAUCUUUGAUCUGUUUUGCCAGUCAAAAUUGAAUGCUCGGAGAUGAAGUCUUUUCUUACUGGAACAAUGUAAUAAUCCAUUCCUCUGGAAAAUUGCUAGACACCCUUUGAAUAUUUUAGAUGGCUAGCUGAUUUGUUUCACGGGGCAAAAAUUGCUAUCUGUAACGUAAGGUUUUUUGAAACCAGCAAUCCCACCGUCAGAAGAAAAUAACAGAACCUCAGGUUCUGCCUCCGUAGCUCUACCUACAGACGGAGAGGAGAGGAAGAGAGCAUCUGAAACCUCAGGACAGGAAUCGAUACGCAGCCCCGGAUCGAACGAGGGCUUGAUCCCGUACCCAGCCCUGCUGACGCGUCCAGCUCUGUGGGGAAGAAUUUGGCCCCGGACAGACGCGGGACCGCCGCAGCGCGCGGUGCUGAGCCCCAUCUGGCUGGCUCAGCCUCGCUUCGCACCGAUCCUGCGCCUACCGAAGCGAGUGGAAAAAACUAACCGAGGCGGGCUUCGUUUUUGUUGUUUUUGACCCGUGAUUUUAAGCCCCGACUUGCCUCUUUCCCUGGAAAUGCAACAGGGGGUAAAAGGCAGCUUUUUAGGCACAUCUGAGAGGCCGCCGCAGAUUUUUUUUUUUUUUUUCCUAAACAAACGCCCUGCUUUCUGUUUCCCUCCUUCCCAAGAGGCGAUUUCAUAACAUUUCGUACUGUGACUUUGCAAACUACGGGCGGGGGGGGCCGGCUGGCGAGGCAGAGGGCUGGGGGGGGAGAGAGAGAGAAGGGGGGGGGGGGGGGGACGGCCGGGAGAGGUCGCUGCCGCCCGACCACGAAAAGUUUUCACAACAAAGUUGGGCUUUUUCGGUUUUGUUUUCCUUUUUUUUUUUUUUUAAAAAAAAAAAGGGGGGGGAAUUAAAAAUAAUAAUAAUAAAAUAAAAAUGAAACACGCAUCACCGAAAGAGCUUUCUCCCAUCCCCCAAAUGCUGUUUUUUUUUUUUUUUUAAUUUUUUUUUUUGAGGGGGGGGGGGGGGCGGGAUGCGGAGCGGGCCGGGCGCGGCGGUUGCGCGGGGUCUGCGCGCUAUUUGCGCGGCUCGCUCCAGGAAUAGCGUGUGGCCGGGGGCCAGCCGCGCAGCUCCCGGCGGCAGAUUUACGAGCUCCUGUCGCCGCGCCAAGUCCGCCGCGGUAGUAAACACACGGCAAAGGGCUGCCACGGGGAAAGGAGGGGGGGGGGGGGCACACACA